UCCUCAACCCACCCAUUCAUACUUAGGACACUUUCUCAGCUGGGGAACGAAACCUCCAGCUGAGAAAAAUGAAGCUCUCCUUCGUGGGUGCGGCCUUGUUGAUUUCUGUGCUCAGCGCAGAUGCUCAGCAUUAUAUUCCAGAUCUUCCACCUCCAUGGCCCUUUAGAAACUUUGGCUCAGCAGAGAACCCUGGCUUCAGGGAUGAUGUUCUUUUCGGAAACUCCAUUCCACAAACCCCUCUAUCUGGGCUGUUUGGACGCUUUGGCUCAACAUGGCCUUUUAGACGGUCUGGCUCAGAAUGGCCUUUUAGACGGUCUGGCUCAGAAUGGCCUUUUGGACGGUCUGGCUCAGAAUGGCCUUUUAGACGGUCUGGCUCAGAAUGGCCUUUUAGACGCUUUGGCUCAGAAGAGAACCUGGGCUUCAGGGACGAAACUCAUAUUUUAAAAUCUAUUGUACGGCACUCUCUGCUUAAGCUUUUGAGACCCUUUGGCUUAGCAGGGAAUCUUGGCUUCAGGGAUGAUUCUUAUGUUGGAAAAACUAUUCCACAGUUUCCCCCAUCUUGGCCUUUUAGACGGUCUGGCUCAGAAUGGCCUUUUAGACGGUCUGGCUCAGAAUGGCCUUUUAGACGGUCUGGCUCAGAAUGGCCUUUUAGACGGUCUGGCUCAGAAUGGCCUUUUAGACGGUCUGGCUCAGAAUGGCCUUUUAGACGCUUUGGCUCAGAAGAGAACCUGGGCUUCAGGGACGAUGCUUAUAUGUUAAAAUCUAUUCUACGGCACUCUUUACUUAAGCUUUUGAGACCCCUCGGCUUAGCAGGGAAUCCUGGCUACGGGGGUGAUGCUUCUUUUAGAAAUUCUAUUCCACAGCGCCUUCCAUUUUGGUUUCCUAGAUCCUUUGGCUCAGCAUGGCCUUUUAGACAUUUUGGCUCAGGAGAUCGCUUUAGAUCUGAAAAGCUGAUCCAUAUGUUGGAUAAAUUAAUUGAUAUCUGCAAAGCAAUCUUCGACCAGGAGAGGCGUUGGGAGCCAAGAAGGAAUCCUAUGAAAAUAAACCCAACUUUUAAAAUAUCCUGCGGAAAUCCUAUGAACCUGCAUUGUCAACCUUACCUACCCACCAAUGGCUAUCUUGGUUUUCCACAAGGCUUCCCAUUUUAUCCUCAAGGCUAUCGUGAAGUAGGCAUUGCUCAACAAUCUUUACCUGUUGCCACACAACCAUUUGUGCCUGUUAUCCCUCAAUACUAUCCACCCCCUUCUAUUUACCCUGGAAUAGCUUCGUCUGACUAUCCCAGCACACAACAAUCUAACUAUUGGAAUCCACCGAAUCCUGUCAUGAAUAGCUACCCUACUUUGGUCCCCCCAGAACCUCUCCCUGCACAACCUUUGCCUCCUGCCCAACCACAAACUGGAUAUGUUCCCUCUGUUCUUUAUAGUCCUCAGAAUUCCGCUGGUGCUGCAUUGUCUCCCCCUCCACAAUAUGUCCCUCCUCCCUUGUCACAACGGGCCCCUUCUGCCUUUGCAUACCGUGCCCGUCCUGCCCCUCCACCACGUUCCCUUCCUGGCCCUCCACCACGUUCCCUUCCUGCCCCUCCACCACGUUCCUUUCCUGCCCCUCCACCACGUUCCCUUCCUGCCCCUCCACCACGUUCCUUUCCUGCCCCUCCGCCACGUUCCUUUCCUGCCCCUCCACCACGUUCCUUUCCUGCCCCUCCGCCACGUGCCCGUCCUGCCUUUACACGUGUCUAUCCUGCCUUGACACGUGUCCCUGCUGCCUCGGUUUCAUCUGUUGUUCAGUCUCCUGAUACACCUGCGUUGCCUCCCUCUGAAGAUCCUGAAUCUGAUGCCUCUGAGAGACCUGGCAUCUUUGACAAAAAGACUUCUGCUUUGAAAGGACCGACAUCUCAGAAAUCUCCACGGAACAAACCCCAGACUACUGAAGAAAUAACUGAGCUAGAUAUCUAAAUCAAAGCAUCUGCUAUGAAAAUUUAUGAUGAUCCACCAAUUGCAUUUGCUGACAAUAAAAUCCAGAGCCUCCUUCCACACUUUCUCUUUCCAGCUUCUAUAACUUCUUCCUAAUCAAGGAUCAAAGGAGAACUGCAACUUUCUUCUGAGAAGGACUCCAUCAAUCAUAUUUCUUUCUGUUGAUUUUGGGGGCAUUCUCUCUUAAUUGUGAACACUGGUUGGUCUACAAGAAUAAAUAUUUACAAAUAAAUGUAUGCAGCAUUA